AUGGCUGAAUGGGCAGAAUGUAACGCUUGCUCGACGACAGCAGAACCAGGCAGUCGUGGAACCGUUGAAGUUGAGGUAGUAGUGACCACUGGAGCUUCAAUAACCUCACCGGGUAGCUCUGGUUGCGAGAGUGGUGUUAGGCGUCGAGUUACUUCAGCUGUUACGGUUGACACUAUUUGCUCAAGUAGCGCAGGCGAAAUGGCUGAACUUGGUCCCGUUGAUGUUGUGGCAAAAUUGACUGGAGCCACUGCGGGAAGUGUGGAUGUCGAGGCAGCACUACUGGGGCUGUUGGUGGCGAGCGCUGUAGCUGACACUGACGAACGACUCCUCCGAGGGCGCCGAGAAGGCGGUUGAUUGGGCACAGAAGUUGUGGCUGUGCGUUUCGAACGUGUGUUGUGGUUGGACUGCAUGAUGAGCUGAAAGAAAUGACUUUUAAAACUAUUAGAACACAGCCAUGCCGAAGAUUUAGUCGCAUACGUAUGCGCAUGAGAAUCAAUGAAUCGUAAAAAUUCAAUUGGUUGGGUCAAGCCUGGCCACACGAAGGUGACCGCACCACUGAGCCCGAAAUUUGUACUUAAAACAAAAGACAUAUGACAAAUUGGUCAUAAAUAAUAACACAUAGUAUAGAUACAGUGAGGGCGAAGCCUCAACAAAAUCGCAGCGAAGUGCGAUUGGUGACGUUUAAAAUCACAGCGAAGUGUGAUUGAUAAUAACAUAAUGACAUGAAGGGCGAAGCCUCCAAUCUUUAUAAAUGUAAAAGAUUAAAUUAGAGGGCGAAGCCUCCAAAUAUUUAACAUAUAGAGGAGAUAAACCCCUCUAGCUUAAAGUAACUGCAUGGCUUUGAGUAUUGCACCCCGGUAGCUACGGUACAAACGAUAUUGAGCUCUGCGCGUAAAAUGUACGCCAUCGGGUAAAAACGGUGAGAUAGAUGAGCGAGUGAAGCCCUUAUGGCUCCAACAAAAAACAUUAUGUAUGCCAUUAAAUAUUACUGUUAGGUAUUGAUUUAGAAUCCUAACUUUUGCGUUAAACUCAGGGGAGGAGGCUCGAUCAGAUACCAAGCAAACCCCUAUAACUCGGAUAGAAGUUACCCCAAGUAAUAAAUGAACCAAGUCGUCUAUUUUGGAACCCACAGUUUCGGGUUUCAUUAAAGGCAAAUCAUUGGUCCCAACCUCUAAAAUCACUAUGUUGGGUUGGAACUUCUGAACGUAUCCAAAAUCGUAUUUCACGAGCUUGUCCACCGUCCGUCCCCCAAUACCAUGUAGUUUAAUGGAGACAUCGGGUAAAUUAAAAUUUAAGGCAGCCCGCAUAUCAAAUUGAGUCGUCAAAUCCCGAUGCAGGCGCCUGACAAAAGAAUGACCAAAAACUAGAACUUUGGGGCGAGACAAAGCCAUAACAAAUAAAAAUUGACUCUUAUCGUCACUUUAAAUGAAAGAUAUACUAACCUGGCAAAGUACGCAGGAAGAAGUCGAAGAAUAAGUUCAAGUGUUUCGCUCUGAUACAAGUUGUGUCCACUUAUGAAAUCACUUGUGCUAUAUCUUCGUUUAUAUGCCAAGAAUCCGACCUUGAUCUUGGCACUGUUACAUAGUUUUAGGCACUGAAAUUUCCUGCCUCUUCAACCGGCGCAAGAUAAAGCUAUUAUGUCAUCUAAUCGUGUUAAUCCAGGCGUGACAUAAAAAUCCAUAUUUCCUGGGAAAUAUUUUUAUUUAUCUAAACAUCAAUAUGGUUUCAGAAAAAAUCGGUCAACUGAACAUGCUAUUAUUGAAUUAAUUAACUGACAAAAUAUCAAAAGCUAUAGAUGAAGAUAAACUUACAAUCGGUAUUUUCCUUGAUUUAUCUAAGGCUUUUGAUACAGUAAACCACAAAAUUCUUUUUAAGAAACUUGAACAUUAUGGUACAAGAGGAAAUGGUCUUAAAUGGUUUGAAAACUACUUAUGUAUGAGUCAAAUCCAACCGCGAUCAGCCUCCCCCCGGGCAUUUGACUUACGAUUACCCCCGUAUAGGCAGGCAUUUGAUGGAAGUUUAUUCCGCCCUGUCGGGCAUUUGACCACUUGACAACUUGCUCAGCGGUUGUCCCUAAAAUAUGCGUACACUCUAGCGCUUCGGGAGUUUUUUACUUUUCGUCUUUUCGAUAGUUUUAAUAAAAGAAUUGCUUUUCAACCACGAUAUUAUCAAUAUGCCAAUUAUUUAAAGUUUGGAAUAAAGCAAAAACAGUCCGAAAGGCUGUAUUGACAAAUUCUUAUGCAGAGUUUAUUUUAAAAGGUGAGUGUUUGUACAUUUUCGGUAUUCUAUUGAAACCCACAAGGCUAUUUUUAUGUUUUAGCUUUUUAUUUUUUUGUUUCAACCUCUUAUUUUUAUGUUUCAACCUCUUAUUUUUAUGUUUCAACUUAUAUAUUUUUGUGUUUUUUAACAAUAUCUUUUCACUUUUGAUUUUAAGCAUUUCAUUUUGGUAUUUUUUUGGUAUUAACAGAGAAAAUGCUACACUUUCCACCUGGCAUCAAGCUGUCAAUAAAGCAGCCUAUCAUCUGGCAAAGGAAGAUCCAGAUCUGUUGUACGCUUGUGCACAAUUGAAGACAAAUGCUGAAAGAGAGGCUCGCAAAACCUACAUCUUUAAGAAAAAAUUGGGAUCCUGCAGUGUUCAUGUUGAACCUCGGAAUAACCUGAAGAGACCUAAAAUCAGUUCAAGCGAGCGGAAUGAAAAAAUCUCAUCCCUAUCUAUCCAGAUAGAUUUAAUAAAAAAGCAAAUGUCAUCAAAACAACUACUUUGCAACAAAACUUCCACUGUGAAAGAUUUUGCCCUGUGUGAAAGGCUGCAAGGAGAAAUGCGAAGUCUAUUCAAAGAGAAAGAGAGUCUAGAAGGUCAGCUUAAGAUCCUGCAAACAAAGGCGAGAAAAAGUAAUUGGUAUGAGAAAAAGAGAAAGUCCUCUUUGCCACCACCUGGAAAUUCAACCCCUGCUUCAGUAGACAUCAGAACUCUGUUUACAAACAUGCAAAAGUCAGCAGAAAGCACAUCUUCAGAAAUACAAGCUCAAGAUUCCAUUGAAUCUACAGAAUGAUGAUGACGUGGUAGAAGUUCCAUUACCAUUCUUUCAAAUGAAGGAGAUCAAGAUAUGUUAAUUGUUUCUUCUUCAGAUAAGGAGAGGCCAGUUAACGAGACCAGAGAAGGAACAUUGUCAUCAACAACAAGCUGCAUAAAAGAUUAUGAUACAGAUCGUACAGUGGCACAUACUGAAUCGAUUUUUGCCUUUGACGAGACUUCUUUGGCUAGCAGAGAUGAAGAGAAUAUAGGAGUUGUUCCAACGGCUAAAUUUGGCGAAGAAAAAUUGAAUGCCGGUAACGUAUCUUUUUCAGAGAUUUGUGAAUUUGAUGGAGAGGGAAAAUUAGAUGUUGUUUCGCGUGAACAACAGGAAGUAUCUGUUUAUGCUAUCAAUGAAGAAGAGGAACAUUACGGUGGCCCAGAAGGGACACCACUGUCAACAGAGUGA